AUGCUACUACAGCUCGGGACUCCACUUCUUACAGGCUUUUCCUACACGGAUCGUCUGCAAAACUAUCAGACAAGCACUUGGUCUUUGGGAGAAAAGUAUAUUCAGGAAUACAACGGAUGGUUCCAAGAGCAGCAGACACAGUUCUUAUUGGGAAGAGACGACUUUAGUGGUUUUUUAACAUUCAUGGGACAUCUAUCCUAUCAGUGCAGCAGACUUCUGGGAGACAAAAAGAUGAUGUCGUUUCUGCAGAACGAACACUACGAUAUAGCUGUGCUCGAUGCCUUUAACCCCUGCUCUUUCAUUUUGGCUCGUAAACUCGGGAUUCAGUACAUUGCUUUCUAUCCUGGGGCAUUAAACGGCCCGCUGUCUAUUGACCUCUCCAGUCCUGUUUCCUAUGUGCCCAUCUUUAACUCUCAGCUGACCGACCACAUGAACACAUGGGGUCGGAUGAAGAAUUUGUUUUGUUCUCUUCUAACACCAGUGGGCCAUCCUAAAGCCUGUGUCUUCAUCACUCAUGGAGGCCAGAACAGCCUGCUCCAGGCAGUGUACCACUCAGUUCCUGUCCUGAGUAUUCCUCUGUUUGGAGAUCAGUUUGAUAAUGUUGUGAAGGCAGAAGCAAAAGGCCUGGGACUCACUAUUAAACCCACACACAUCACUCGAGAGCUCCUCGCCUCGACUCUUCAAACUCUCAUACUCGACGAGAGAUACAAGUCGUCCGCCUUAGCCCUGAGCAGACUCCAUAGAUCGCAGCCUGUAGCUCCAGCGCUGACGUUUGUCUUGUGGGUGAAUCACAUCCUGCAGGCUGGAGUUGCAGGUGCCAGUCAGUCUUCCUCCAACUCGCACGCAAUCCAGAGUGGACAAAGCAAAACAAAGCAAAAGAAGAAAAGUUAG